GGGUGUCUCUGUGGCCUAAGUAGAAGCAAACUUUUCUAUUGGAAAGCCCAAUAUCGUCAACAGCCUGAGGGAGGCUUCUAAAAUUCAAACAAAAUUCACGGCCACAAACCCACCUCUCUUUCCGUGGCCAACUGCCCACCUCAAGUCUCUACGCAAAAGUGGCCAUCACCACCACCACCACCACCACCACCACGGUCUCUGAUUCUUCUUCCUCACUGACACUCAAAAUUUCCUAAUUUAAUAAUAAACUUUGUUUUUGCUCGUUUAUUUUCUUCUUUGCCUUUUUAGUCGAAAAUGGCGAAACUUACACUCAGAGCAGAGAAUUUGUUCUUUCUUUCACAAGAUGCAAGCCCGCAGCAGACCUGGGGUUUCGAUUCGUCACUCCGACACCCCCGGCAAUUGCGUCUGGUUCCUCCGAAGCGGCGCUUGGGAUUUCCGGUGCUUUGUAGCAUCAAGGAAAGGCAAAAUAUAGAGAACAAGAGGGUUGAUGGAGUUCUCACUGGACUCCGCAUCGAUGGAGUGGACGGUGAGGCUUCGAGUUUGGAUUCUGAGAGCGAAUUUGGAGCUGAGGUUGGGUCUGAGGAAGUGGGUUUUCAAUGGAAUUGGCCUCCGUGGAAGAACAUUCCUCAAAGAUAUAAGCUUAUUGGCACCACUUCGCUUGCGUUUGUUAUAUGCAACAUGGAUAAGGUGAACUUGAGUGUUGCUAUAAUACCGAUGUCGCAUCAGUUUGGUUGGAGUUCGUCUACAGCUGGAUUGGUGCAGUCAUCGUUCUUUUGGGGGUAUGCAAUCAGUCAGUUGCCCGGAGGGUGGCUUGCCAAGAUAUUUGGUGGCAGAAAAGUUCUUGAGGUUGGAGUUUUGACUUGGUCAUUGGCUACAGCACUCGUCCCUGUACUUGCUGGAUACAUGCCUGGCUUAAUUUUGUCAAGGAUUUUGGUAGGAAUAGGAGAAGGAGUUUCCCCAUCUGCAGCAACCGACCUAAUUGCCAGGACAAUACCUUUGGAGGAGCGCUCACGGGCUGUCGCAUUUGUUUUUGGUGGUUUGAGUGUUGGAAGUGUUACAGGGCUUCUUUUGGCUCCUUCCCUCAUUCAAAAUCUUGGUUGGGAAUCUGUGUUUUACAUAUUUGCCCUUUUGGGGAUAGGCUGGUAUUCGGGGUUUCAGUUUCUAAAAGAAGGAAGAUCUCCAUUCAUUGCUGAAUCCACUGCACGUCCACAGUCUAUAUUCGUGAACAAAACAUGGAAUGCUUCUCUGAAUAAGUUGGGCGGCUCGCUUAAGGAUGUACCAUGGAAAGCAUUUUUCCAAAGUCAAGCAGUGUGGGCAAUGAUCUAUGCUCAUUUUUGUGGAAGUUGGGGUCACUAUACCUGCCUAUCUUGGCUUCCCACUUAUUUUAGUGAGGAGCUGAACCUAAAUUUGACGGAGGCUGCAUGGGUUUCAAUCCUUCCUCCUUUGGCUUCAAUUUUUGUGACUAACCUUUCUGCACAAUUUGCGGACAACUUAAUUGGAAAUGGAGUUGAGACCACUAUGGUGCGAAAGAUUUGCCAAACAAUUGCAUUUUUGUCUCCUGCAGUUUGCAUGACUCUUUCCUCUGUUGAUCUAGGAUUGCCCCCUUGGGAAGUUGUGGGGAUUCUGACUUGUGGCUUAGCCCUCUCAAGCUUUGCUUUGUCAGGACUUUAUUGCACCCAUCAGGAUAUGUCGCCGGAAUAUGCAAGUAUUCUUUUGGGUAUUACCAACACUGUUGGGGCAGUACCUGGAAUAGUAGGUGUUGCACUCACAGGCUAUCUUCUUGAUACAACUCAUUCAUGGAGUAUAUCAUUGUUUGCGCCAUCAAUAUUCUUCUACUUGACUGGUACGGUUGUUUGGUUGGCAUUUGCCAGCAGUAAGCCUCAAAGCUUUUCCGAAACAGACUGAUAUUUUUGUACUAUAGGAUUACUUCUCUUGAAUGAGGUAUCCAAAUUGAGAGAAACUUCAUUCAAUCUCAGUUCAGGGUAGAAAUUAACUUCAUUCAUUAGGUUUCCUUUUGUAUAUUCACAUGGGGAAAAAAAAAAAAAGAAAAAAAGAAAAAAAAAAAAAAGCACACGUAUAUUCAAAUGUAAUAUCUUGUAAUAGCAUAUCUUAAUCUGUUUGUUAUUUUAACCAAGUAGCCUUCGUUGGCCACCAAAACGUUGUAUUAAUUUGACUGCAGUUUUCAUUU